AUGGCCCCAAUAUCUGGUGAAGCGGCAUGUGUCCUCUUGGAUGCCCAAAACGCCAAGCCGUUAUGGGAUGCGUCGGCAUGGGACGACGCUUUUGAUCUCGAGCAGCCGGAUCAAGACGUUGGUGCUGCUGUGGUCACCAGUGUUUCGAAACCUUGGCUUUAUUGUUUCCAUCCAUCGAGCAAUACAUCGACGAAACCGCGGAGUGUCCUCAUCCUCGGGGGAGGCGGCUAUGUGCAGCUCAUGGUGGGCCGGGAGGGUCUUGCUGUUGCGCAGUGGCUUGCCAGUCUCGGCUUCUAUGCCUUCGUUCUCGUCCACCGUUUUCCAAAUGCUGAGACACUACCACAAGCCCCGGUGGACGAUGCCCGUCGCGCGUUGGUGAUGAUGAGAGAAUGGAGUAAGGAGUUGAUCGGCCAGGAUUGGAGCAGUGUCGGAGUGUGUGGGCUUUCUUCAGGGGGCCAUCUUGCCGCCUCCCUGCUCGCCGAAUAUCCCCAAAGCUGGACGCCAAAGUCGACUGAGGUGCCGCCUAGGCUUGACUUCGCCAUCAUUGGAUAUGGACCGAUUUCGACAAACGCAAAGGGACGGACCAUAAUCGCAGACAAGGCACCUCUCGAGCCUCCGGAGAAGCAAGAGCUUUAUGACCUUGUACAGCCAGAUGUGCAAUUGAAAGCUGGAGCGCCGCCAACUUUUAUAGUGUACUCUGGAAACGACCCAGUGGUGCCGGUGACCAACGCUUACCGUCUGGCGGAAGGCCUCAACCAGGCUGGGGGGCAGGUCGAGCUGCACAUCUUUGCAGAUGCCCCCCACGGCUUUGCCCUGGACACAAAAGACAUGCCAGUGUCUAAAUGGCCAGAACUUUGUGCAGCUUGGAUCAAGCAGACACUGUGA